CACACUCACACACUCACACUCAGCACUAGAGACACAGGACUAUCAUCAUUCAUUUGUGCCACUAGCCAUCAGGUAGGGAACAGCAACGAGCUCCCCCCCCCCCGGGGCAGUGGUACGGUCUCCCCGUUACUAUUCCGUCCUUGUCUCCUUCUGCGGAAUGAAGGCUCCGAGCCUUGGGUGGAUCUGCAUUUUGUGCUACAGCAGCACUGCACCAACAACUCCCCGACUUCUCUCUAAAGCCCACGUCCAACGGCAUCAGCCUCCUUUAUAAUAAUAGCCCACAUCUGCUUCCCACCCAGGGAACGAGACCGCUCAGCUUGGAAUCCGACCGCUUGGAUGUCUCAGCCUUAGAGAUGCUGCAGCAGGUCCCCCCCAUUGAGAUGAUGAAGAGGACGAUGACGAUCACCCAGCGAGGAAAUUAAAGGAAUAAAAACUGUUGAAUGCCGUUAAAAUGUGCAUCAGCCUCCCAAUGAGAUGUUUUAUUUGGAACAUGGAGCGGCUGGUGAUGAUGAUGAAGAUGAUGGUCUCACACUAAUGCAGUUGAUAUUUAAUCAAGCAGCUCUGCAGUUGCCUUGUUUUUAACCCCUUGGACUCCCCCAGCCUCAAGCAGAGACAAAAAUAAGCUAUUAAGGCUUAAACCCAAACCGGUGUUUAAUAAGGUGCAAAAAAUGCCACCCAUUCUGGUGGCCUCCAAGAUGAAGUCGGGGCUACCCAAACCCAUCCACAGCGCUGCUCCUAUUCUGCACGUCCCAGCCAGGACAAUCCCCCAACCCUGUUACAUUAAAUUGGGGAACAAGCAGGCGUUCCCCAGCCACGUCCCACUGAAACCCCAGCCUGCCUUCGACUCCUCGGGGGACGGACAUCCGAUUAAGAAGAGCCAUUCCACCGAAGGCGGGUUUGAUACUCAGAUCUACACGGACUGGGCAAACCAUUACCUGGCUAAAUCUGGCCACAAACGGUUAAUUAAGGAUCUGCAGCAAGAUGUGACGGACGGGGUUCUACUGGCGGAGAUCAUUCAGGUUGUGGCCAACGACAAGAUUGAAGAUAUCAAUGGCUGCCCCAAGAACCGAUCACAAAUGAUUGAGAAUAUAGAUGCGUGCCUGAGUUUCCUGGCAGCGAAAGGAAUAAACAUACAAGGAUUAUCAUCGGAGGAGAUCAGGAACGGGAAUUUGAAGGCCAUUCUGGGCCUGUUCUUCAGCCUCUCACGCUACAAACAGCAGCAGUCUCAGAAGCAGCAGCAGCCACCUCCAGCACCCCAGAAUACGGGGCCCCAACUGCAGUGCCAGCAACUCUACCAACCCACCAACACUCCUCAUGCCCAGUCCUACCCAACAGUCCCAGUACAGUGCCAACAACCACAGCAACCUCCCCAUUCACAGACAAAAGCACAAGCAGAUAUGCAAUCCAGCUCAUCUUCCAAAGGGUCAUCUGACAUCAAAUUCCUCAGGUUUUCUCUGGGGCAAAGAAAGCAAUCGCGACUCCCAGCCCCGAGCACGAGGGGGCCGGGGGGCGGCAUUGAGAACAAAUCCCGAGGUCUGAUUGGUGGCGGCAGCAGGCGGAGUCAGAGCUUUAACAACCACGAAAAGGCAAAGCCGCUGAAUCCCCCAGCAACCGGGAAUGAUAAAGGAGCAGCAGAGAACAUUGUGUCAGAACAAUCAGGAAUGAGCGACAAUGGCUUCUCUACUCUGUGCAACCCCAAUGUGGUCUCCUGCCCCAACUCCUCCGCCAUCCCCCAGCCCAACUGCACCAAUAAGCCGUGGAGGAGUAAAUCUCUCAGCGCCAAACACACAGCCACGUCUUCCAUAUUGUCCAUUAAACAGGCGGUGCCUGAGAGUCCAAAGGAACCGACAGAACCUCCCAAGCCUGCCCCCAAUAACCAGAAAUCCAUGCUGGAGAAACUCAAGCUCUUCAAUAGCAAAGGUGCCUCCAAAGCUGCCGGAAGUCCCCUAGAAGGGUGCCGGGACCCCAGCUGUGAGAGGUUGAACUCUAUCCCCAGCUCUGAGGAGACAGAAGAGAUGGAUGUGGCCACGAGGAAUGGCAACAACACAAACCUGACGUCCAACAGCCCCAAAAUAGCUCUGAAGGGCAUCGCUCAGAGGACACUGGGCCGGGCACUGACCAACAAGAAGAGCUCCCCAAAGGGCGCAGAGAAAGAGAAACAAAAAGAGAAGGAGAAAACAAAAGACGCUUCCAAGCGGGUGUCGGUGACUGAGAAGCUGGAGGCAAAGGAAGAGCCUAAAGAUGAUCAAAUGGCGGGUGCCGUGGAACUGCCAAAAAAGUCCUCCAAGAUCUCCAGCUUUAUCCCCAAAGGCGGAAAAUUGGGCAACGCCAAGAAAGAAGUCUCCGCCCCACCACCUCAUAGUGGCAUACCCAAACCAGGGACCAAAAACACCCCAGGGAAAGCCUCAAGUGCCCCCCCAGCAAAGGAAGGAGAGCGGAGCCGCAAGACUGGGUCAGGACUCUCUCUGCACAAAGCCCAGUUGGACAACCGCAACUCCAGCUCCACUUCCAGCUUGGCCUCCUCGGAAGGGAAAGGGGUGGGAUCUGCUGUGGGCCCUCUGCAGUCUACAGGGCCCGUCAGUGUUCAGCUACCUCAGCCUCAGCAACAAUACACCCACCCCAACACUGCAACUGUCGCCCCUUUCAUGUACAGGUCUCAGGCAGAUCCCGAGGGGGGCGUCUCAGUGGAGACCAGUUCGGGAGGGUUAAACACGGACUCCGGGCUCUACAAUAAAACGGGGCAGCCGAGUUUGGAAGAUCUUUCUGGGGAAGAUCCUGAAACAAGAAGGUUGCGAACGGUGAAGAACAUUGCGGAUCUCCGGCAGAAUUUGGAGGAAACGAUGUCCAGUCUACGAGGGACCCAGAUCACUCACAGCACCCUGGAAACCACGUUUGACAGCAACGUGACUACUGAAAUCAGCGGGCGAGGAAUGCUUGGUCUGUCGGCCCGGCCGACCCCUCUCUCUUGGAGACUUGGACAGUCCAGCCCCCGUCUGCAGGCAGGCGACGCCCCAUCCCUGGGCAACGGAUACCCACCGAGAGCCAACGCCAGUCGCUUUAUUAACUGUGAGCCUGGAAGGUACAUGUAUUCGGCGCCACUCAGGAAGCAACUGGCGUCAAGGGGAGGGAACAUCGGCCACGUGGAUGAGAAAGGGGGAGAUGUGCUGAAUAUUGAGGGGAUCAGCAUCGACUCUGCUGGUUACAUGAGUGAUGGGGACGUCCUGAGCAAAAACAUCAGGAGUGACGAAAUCACCAGCGGGUAUAUGACGGAUGGAGGCCUGGGGCUUUAUACUCGAAGACUGAAUCGGCUUCCAGAUGGGAUGACGGCGGUACGGGAAACUAUACAACGUAACGCCUCUGUAGGCCAAGGGGACGCUGACAGUUGGGACGACAGCAGUUCUGUGAGCAGUGGGAUCAGCGAUACCAUCGACAAUCUCAGCACCGACGAUAUAAACACCAGCUCUUCCAUCAGCUCCUACGCCAACACCCCUGCGUCUUCACGCAAAAAUCUGGACGCACAGACGGAUACAGAGAAAAACUUGCACAUUGACCGGAAUUCUCUGUGGUCGGGGGAUGAAGUGAAAAGGUCAGACGGGGUCUCAGACAUUGGUGUGAAAAUGGAUUCUGGGGGCAAAUGGAGGAAGAACCCUUCGGACCUAUCAGAUGAGUCAGAUAAAAGCACCUCGGGAAGGAAAACCACAGUGAUCUCACAGACGGGAUCGUGGAGGAGGGGGAUGACGGCUCAGGUCGGAAUCACAGCCCCAAGGACCAAGCCCUCGGCAGCAACUCUAAAAGCCCCCGGGACAGGGAAAACUGAUGAUGCAAAAGUGUCGGAAAAAGGAAGACUUUCCCCAAAAACCGCACACAUCAAACGCUCUCCGUCGGACGCAGGACGCAGCAGCGGGGACGAAGCCAAGAAGCCUCCUAAUUCCUCUAGGGCAACACCUACCAACACGUUUGGGUUUAAGAAGCCGGGUGGCACAAUGCUGGGCAUCCCUAUUUGUACUGCAAGUGGCGCCACCAUCACCAGCGGCUCCGCAACCCUCGGCAAAAUGCCCAAAUCUACUGGUCUGAUCGGCAGGUCCAACCGCAAGGCCAGCGUGGAUGGUGCCCAGAACCAGGACGAUGGCUACCUACAUAUAAACACCAGGACCAACCUGCAGUACCGCAGCCUCCCCAGGCCCAGCAAGUCACGGAGCGGAACUGGUAACAGGUCCAGUACCAGCAGCAUUGACUCCAACAUCAGCAGUAAGUCGGCCGGGCUGCCCAUCCCCAAGCUCAGAGAACCCGGCAAGGGAACCAUUGGCCACUCUGUGCUGGGAUUGGUCAACCAGACGGACAAAGAGAAAGGUAUUUCCUCGGAUAACGAGAGCGUGGCCUCCUGCAACUCAAUCAAAAUGACCCCUGCAGCACCCGGCAACAGCACCCGCCAGCAACAAGCCAACAAGUACCCCGACGUGUCGUCCCCCACACUGCGCAGGCUCUUUGGUGGGAAGCCAAACAAAUCUCUUACCACUGAAAAUAUGAAGAGCUCGAUGGUCAUUUCCAACCCUCAUGCCACGAUGAACUCUCAGGCCAACCCAGACUCUCCCUCGGGGAGCACCCUCCUGAGCAGCGGUGGCAGCAGCCCCCUCUAUGUCAAGACAAUGGACCAUUCCCCUCUAGCCUCCAGCCCAGGGUCCGCCCAUUCGGCACCUUCCAACAGCCUUACCUGGGGGACGACAGCCAGCAGCUCCUCAGCUGUCAGUAAGGAAGGCCUGGGAUUCCAGUCUGUGAGCAGCCUCCACACCAGCUGUGAAUCCAUCGACAUCUCACUCAGCAGCAAUAAUUCCCCCAGUGCACUGACCGCUUCCUCCCGGGAGGACUCAAUGACUCCCUUUAUAAGGACCAACAGCAUUAAGACUACUUUGUCUGAAAGCCCUCUCUCCUCUCCUGGUGCUAGCCCCAAAUUCAGCAGAAACACUUUGCCCCGGAAGCAGGACAGCGACCCCUACAUUGAUAGGAACACGUUGCCUAAGAAAGGACUCAGGUGUGCCCCUUCCUCUCAGAUCAGAUGCCACGAUGAUGCCAAAGAAUGGCUGCGCUCUCAUUCCUCCGGGGGACUGCAAGAUACUGCCAAUAACUCUCCCUUCUCCCCCGGCUCCAGCAUCACAUCACCUUCUGGCACCCGCUUCAACUUCUCACAGCUCGCAAGUCCAACAACAACCUCCCAGAUGUGCUUGUCCAAUCAGACCAUGUUGCGCACACACAGCCUGUCCAACACCGAUGGCUCCGGGGACCCCUAUGGGGAAAGUCGCUUCCGCAACAGCUCCAUGUCGCUGGAUGAAAAGAGCAGAACCAUGAGCCGCUCCGGAUCCUUCCGGGAUGGCUUUGAGGAAGUGCACGGAUCCUCCUUGUCUCUUGUGUCCAGCACCUCCUCGGUGUACUCAACUCCUGAAGAGAAGUGCCAAUCAGAGAUCCGCAAGUUACGGAGAGAGCUGGAUUCCUCCCAAGAGAAGGUGUCUGCCCUCACUACCCAGCUUAGCGCCAAUGCUCACCUGGUUGCCGCCUUUGAGCAGAGCCUUAGCAACAUGACCAUCCGGCUGCAGAGUCUGACCAUGUCUGCUGAACAGAAGGAUUCAGAGCUCAAUGAGUUACGGAAAACCAUAGAUCUCUUAAAGAAACAUAACGCUGCGGCUCAGGCGGCUAUUAACGGAGUAAUCAACACCCCGGAGCUGGGCUGUAAAGCAGCACAUGAGACCUCACAUACCCCCGACCUGCGCAUCCGCCGGCAACACUCCUCCGACAGCGUCUCCAGCAUCAACAGCGCCACCAGCCACUCCAGCGUGGGCAGCAAUGUGGACAGUGAUUCCAAAAAGAAGAAAAGGAAAAACUGGGUGAAUGAGCUCCGCAGCUCCUUCAAACAAGCCUUCGGCAAGAAGAAGUCCCCCAAAUCCGCUUCUUCUCAUUCCGAUAUCGAGGAGAUGACCGACUCCUCCCUCCCUUCAUCACCAAAGUUGCCCCACAAUGGCUCCGCCCUGUCCACCCCUCGCCUGAGAGGCUCCCACUCCAGCUCUCUGAUUUCUGACUGCGCUGAGAACGAGGCAGAAAGUGUCAUGCAGCUACGGAAUGAGCUGAGGGACAAAGAGAUGAAACUGACAGACAUCCGCCUGGAGGCCCUGAGCUCCGCCCACCAACUGGACCAAUUACGAGAGUCCAUGAACCGCAUGCAGUCGGAGAUUGAGAAGCUGAAAUCAGAGAACGACCGUUUGAAGGCAGAAAAUCAGGGCAAGUGCAGCAGGACCCAGUCCCAAAUCUCCUUGUCCUCCUGCUCCCCCAGACCCUCCAUGGGGCCCUCCCAGCACAGCCUCAGCCUGACCGAGUCCUCCAGCCUUGACAUGCUGCUGGAUGACGCUGCCGAUGGCACCAUGCGAAAGGAAAGCCGCCAUGUUCGGAUCGUCGUUAACCUUUCAGAGGAAAUUAAGUGGCGAGAGGAUGCCAGACCUCGGCUCUUCCUGAUUGGCUGCAUCGGUGUGGGCGGUAAAACGAAAUGGGACAUUCUGGACGGGGUGGUAAAGAGACUGUUCAAGGAGUACAUGAUCCACGUGGAUCCAGUCACUCAGCUGGGCCUCAAUUCUGACAGUGUCCUCGGAUACAAUAUCGGCGACAUCAAGAGAACCGGUAACUCCGAGACCCCCGAGCUGCUGCCUUGUGGAUAUCUGGUGGGGGAGAACAACACCAUUUGUGUCACUGUGAGAGGCCUCCCUCAGAGCAGUUUGGAUUGCCUGGUGUUCGAGACGCUGAUCCCAAAGCCAAUAUUACAGAGAUACAUCUCACUGUUAAUGGAGCACAGGAGGAUUAUCCUGUCUGGGCCUAGCGGCACCGGAAAGACCUACCUGGCCAAUCGCCUUUCAGAAUACCUGGUGCAGUGGGAGGGGCGGGAGUUAACGGACGGGGUCAUCGCUACCUUCAACGUAGAUCAUAAAUCCAGCAAGGAGCUGCGCCAGUACCUCUCCCACGUGGCCGAGCAGUGCAGCAAUGAGAACAACACCACGGACGUGCCUCUGGUUAUUAUAUUAGACAACCUGCAUCACGUCAGCUCCCUGGGAGAGAUCUUCAAUGGGCUUCUGAACUGCAAAUAUCAGAAAUGCCCCUAUAUCAUCGGCACCAUGAACCAAGCCACCUCCUCCACUCCCAACCUGCAGCUGCAUCAUAACUUCAGGUGGGUGCUGUGCGCCAAUCACACUGAGCCAGUGAAGGGCUUCCUCGGCCGCUACCUCAGGAGGAAACUCAUAGAAACAGAGAUCAGCUCCAGAACGAGAAAUCCAGAGCUGGUGAAAAUCAUCGACUGGAUCCCGAAGGUUUGGCAACAUCUCAACAAAUUCCUGGAGACGCACAGCUCUUCGGAUGUGACCAUCGGCCCUCGGCUGUUCCUCUCUUGCCCAAUAGAUGUGGAUGGUUCAAGGGUCUGGUUUACAGAUUUGUGGAAUUAUUCCAUUAUUCCUUACCUCCUAGAGGCUGUCAGAGAGGGACUGCAGUUGUAUGGAAGGAGAGCCCCCUGGGAAGACCCUGCCAGAUGGGUGAUGGACACGUACCCCUGGACGGCCGUACCCCAGCAGCACGAAUGGCCCCCCUUGCUGCAGCUCAGGCCAGAAGAUGUUGGUUUCGAUGGCUACUCUGUACCCAGAGAGGGAACGUCCAGCAAACAGGCGGCACCCAGCGAAGUUGAAGGGGACCCUUUGGUGAACAUGCUGAUGCGACUGCAGGAGGCGGCCAAUUACUCCAGCCCUCAGAGUUACGACAGCGACUCAAACAGUAACAGCCACCAGGACGACCUGGACACUUCCCUGGAGUCAACGCUGUGACCCCUCUGUCUUUGGGGUUCCCUUAUGGGCCACCGUCCCUUGGGGGAGGAGUCUCUGGCUGCCUGAAUCCGACACCUUAUUAUAAGACUUUUUAGACUGCGGGCGCUGGACGCCCUGUGACUAAUCUUUGUUUUUAUUGGACGAUGCGUGAGUGUGAGAGCUGCACUAUAUUCCUCUGCCUCCCUGUCUGGAACACUGAAUAUAUUUGACUUGUGCCGAAUUGUGCGAUAUCAGGAGUGGACCAUACAAUGACCUAUGCUGCUUAUAACCAAACACACACGGGGUGCUGGCCACGCCAACUUCACCGAGUAACCUCAGCCGCGGGGAGUGACGCUACAAUGGUGCUCGUCUGUCUGGCAGUGUUAAACGCUGGUGCUGGGGGUGGGGAGCGCCGUGCACUAACACCAUGACACAAACACGUCGCUCCCCUUUUAACCUUUGACGUUUCCUUUGCAGAUUCCAGUGAGGUUUGGUGAGAACAGGGGGAGGUCAGGCUUCACCUGUUCUGGUGCUGCCCCUUAUACUGAGGCCUUACUUGUUAUUUCUGCUUCGCUGAUCCCAGUACCCCUGGGGGGGUCGCUCCUGUAUGUUCUUGUGAUCCCACUGGCAUUGCCUCCUUUAUAGGGACCAGCACCCGCAGCCAAGGUAGAAAUUCAUCAUUUAAAGUAGGGAUGCACCGAAUCAACUAUUUUGGAUUCGGCCGAAUCCUCAGUGAAAGAUUCAGCCGAUUACCGAACCAAAUCCUAAUUUGCAUAUGCAAAUUAGUGGCGGGAAGGGGAAAACAUUUUUAACUUCCUUGUUUUGUGACAAAAAGUCACGCAAUUUCCCUCCUGCCUCUAAUUUGCAUAUUCAGAUUCGUGUUUGGCCAGGCAGAUGGAUUCGACCGAAUCCAAAUCCAACUGAAAAAGGCCGAAUCCUGGAUUCAGUGCAUCUCUAAUUUAAGGAAAGGUACAUAGCAUGGGGGGCUGUACAGUUCAUCAGAUGUGUUUGUGGCCCCCCUGCUAAUUUAUAUAAAUUAUAUUGGGAAAUAGCUCAUUGGUUGUGCCAUCACUGUAAUGUUCAAUCCGUUCUCAAACACUGGGACUUUGGCCAGAGCAGAGGCGUCUUACAUUGGCGGCACAACCCCCCCCCCCCUCCCAAAUUUACACCGACAGUAGUGGGGGGUUAUCCCUGGGGUCAGUAAAAUUCAGAUGUACACAGGCUUCCUAUUCAUUGU